CGGAGGGAAAGCACACACUGAGCUGAGCACCUGCUGAGCACAUCAACAGCAAGAGACAAAGACGCUGCAAGACAACAACAAAAAAACUGUCACCUGUUACCAUGAAGGCCACACUCGCAACCAUCGCUGUGAUCGUCCUGGCUCUCAGCUGGACCGCUGAAGCCGUGCAAGUUGAAGAGAAUGGAUUGUCUUUCUCCCUCGAAGCCGUGAAGAGACUUCAGGAGCUGUCAGGGGGCAGUGCUGCAACUGAGGUGCAAAACCCUCGUCUCAGAGCGAGCACCGUGUCCCUGUGUGCCGACCCCAUGCUCCCUCAAGAGUUCCUGCCCCUCUGCAGGCAGAGAGGGGCGUCUGCAUCCCUCACCAGACUAGCUGCAGUUCCCAUGGACGUCUGUGAGAUCUGCGCCUUUGCCGCUUGCACUGGCUGCUAAUCAAACAAACCCAGCAAGCCAGAAACAUCUCGCCCAGCUUAAGACUUGUGAUUUUUCUUCCUUCCCCUCAAAACUGUUUCAGGGAACUUAAAAAACAUCUGCCAGCAACGAUGAGAGUAUGACUCUUGUUCCCUGAAUACAGAGGUUAUAACUCAGGCCCGUAAGACAAAAACUAAACCCAAAAUGAAAAGAAAA